AUGUCGUCCUUCUCUGGUCCAUGGUCGCGUAAUCUGGCCAGCUUCAGGGAGUCCAUUUCCUCGAUUCCUUCAGAUCACAAGUCGUCUUUUACGUCCGCAUCUGACGAUACACUCGAUGUCUUCUGUGACCCCGAGGCUCUACAUGUCUGGGAGACAGAUAGUGACAUUGACGUUAUGCUGCAGUUGACAAGUGUCCUUGCAAAGCUAUGCGACUUGGGUGUUCGAGAGUCUAAAGAUGAGGUCAAGGGUAUCAAAGGCGGCAUGGUCAUAAUCGCAGAAGAUGACAGGGAUGAAACUCACUUCAAAAGGCUUCGAGGACUCGUCGAGCACCUCACUGGUGAGACGGGAAGCAAACAUCUCGAGGGAGCAGUUUACUCUUUUGCGAACGCGAGUAUCGUUGUAGCCCGUGGGUGGUGCUACCGCCCCAAUGGUAAUGACGACGUGGAGAGUGUGGUCAAGCGUGUGACUACCACCAUCCAACGUGCGCUUUCUGCUUCGAAAACACACAAGAUCGUCUGGCAUCAUGGCGCAGUUGUCUCGCCAUUGCUGACCUUCAUCAACACCACAAGGCCUGAAAUACGCAAUACUAUCGCAGGUAUAAGUGUCACGAAUUCACUACACCUUGCAACAAUUGUCAGGCCAUCAGCAGCAGGCAAAAAGAACACGAUAAAUGACUUGGUACGCUUACAGUCUUAUGCGAAGAAGCUGGGCAUCCCUGUCCUAUUUCUUGACAGCAGCACACAAAGUAUCACGAGCCAACACUUGUCGACUUACAUGUACUUUUUUGCGUACUACAUCCACACUUUCCUCCCUUCCUGGAUGCUGCACACUCACCUCAACGUCGCGCAAGACGAGCUCGUCACUUUCGCCUUUCGGCUCAACGGCGCGAGCAAGGCUCGCUACGGUAGCGACGUUGUUGAUAUGGUGAAGAAGCAUCUUGCUCCCCGGAGUAAGCAUUGGGCACGUCGCUGUGUCGACCCGCGCAGCUAUCAGGAGAAAAUGUGUCAGGCGGCAGGCAAAGAGCGCGAGGUACAUCACGCUGUCCAGCUAGCGGAUGCACCCUUUUCCCUCUUCAAGACUGCAUACUGCGCCAACAAUGACGGUGUUGCAGCAUUUGCACGCCUGGCAGUCGGUCCAGCAAGUCCUGCAGCUGCAGCAAAGGAAGUGUUCAUUGCAGCACCAGUCGACAUCGGCUUUACCACUUCGCGCCUACGUCCAAGUCACCCAAGCAACUUUUUCGUCCUGCUGCCGAAACAAGAUGUCACAGAAGAGAACAUAAGGAACCGCAUCCAAGGCCUUAUGAUGGGCGUCCUCGAGCGGGUGCGCCAAGAGCAUGGAAACCCAGUCUUCAGUACGUACGAGAAGCAGGCGUGGAAGGACGUAGUGCAAGCAUGUUCCUGGGCAUUGGACAAAUGCGAGACCAAGAUGCCACGGGACAUUGGCAAGAGAGUCAAGUUCGUGCUAGACAAGCUUACAAAGGGCACAUGGGGCUAUGUGGUC